ACGGCGCAGUGCACGCGUCGAUUGUCGAGUUAUAAAGCAAGCGCGCGCGUGGCCCCCCUUGUUACUUCGCUCAUCCGUUCGCUUUCAAAAGAGAGAACCCUAGGAGAGGGAUUAAAAUACGGUGAGCUUCUCAGCGAGACAGUUGCGACUGGUUAGCCGAUACGUACGGGUGCACUCAGAGUUGUCAAAGGGUUGUGAUGGGUGAUUUCGGGUGUUUUUGUGGAUUUUUUUGGUGACGCGGCCGGCGAUGGUGGAAUAGAGGGAUGAGGGAAAUUAUCAUUUUGAAAGGACCUAAUCAAGAAUAAUCACCGAAGCAAAAAUGAAGUUGUCGUACACAUCAAAUAGAUUUCCUCCAACGCAGCAUACGCGGUAUCGCAGCAGUUGGGGGCCAUCCUCAGUCUCAGCAUUUUCGCGCGCCGACAUACCACGUCCCUCACCCGAGGAGGAAGAGUUUCAGUUUUAUCAUGAGCGCCUUCAUUCCGCCCAGAGCCGUCAGUUGAUCCCGCUCCAGGAGGAUUUAGCCGAUUGGAUCAACAAGACGAUAAAUGUCGAUCAUAUAACUGGUGAGAAUUUCUUCGAUGUCUUGGAUAACGGCGUGAUAGUCUGUCGCUUGGCUCGUGUCAUUCAGGAAAAAGCACGAGCUGCUAUCGAUGCAGGUCGUGCCAAGGGGCCGGUCCCCGUAAUACGUGGAAGAUGCUGGGAGAACGCAGCCAGGCGCAGCUUCUUUUCAAGGGAUAACAUGGAGAAUUUUAUACAAUUUUGUAGACGUCUUGGGGUACACGAAAAUCUGCUGUUCGAGAGCGACGAUCUUGUGCUCCAUGGACAGCCACGUAACGUGGUGCUGUGUCUACUGGAGGUCGCCCGAUUGGCCUCAAAGUAUUCCUUAGAACCACCUGGACUCGUUCAGCUUGAACGGGAAAUCGCAGCUGAACAGGAGAGAGAUCUACAUUGUAUGUCUGACAGUGGUAUAUCUCACAGCAGUCUUGUGUCAUGGCAAUUUCAGCCUCCCUCGCCCACGCCAUCCCCAAGACCUUCAAAUGAGAUUAUGAAGCAUAGCAGUUCGGCGUCAGAAGUAACUGCAUCGAGAUGGCUCGACGCCUCACCGACCACGCCUAUCGAGACAGAUAUGCGUAGAUCUGUGAGUGACAAUGGACCCACAGGAAGCGACGGUGUACCCAGUGAUACAACAGAGGACGACUGGUCACGUGGCAGCGCCGAGGAUCCCGAUGAGGUAUCACCAGUGAGCUCACCGUCACCCGCCGAACCCCCGGAACACGUUGGACCAGUGACCGAACUCGAUCGAAAGGUGCGACGUGUAGCUGAGCAGGUUCAAAGACUUUGCCAAUGUUCGCACGAGAAAUGCUCGAGAUUGAAGGUGCGAAAAGUUGGAGAGGGACGCUACCACAUUGCUGGUCGCAAUGUCUUCAUUAGGUUGCUGAAGGGAAGACACAUGAUGGUGAGAGUUGGCGGUGGAUGGGACACCCUGGAGCACUUUUUAUCGAGGCACGAUCCAUGUCAGGUGAGGGUCCUCAGCCGUGAGAGUACACCACCACCACAGCACAACGGCAUCAAAAGCCCAAGCUUCCUGCACAUACGCGCCAAGUACAGGAGUCCACCGUCCGAGCCAGUAUCUGGCCGUUAAUAUUAUCACUCGAGUCAUCCCAUCCACGUAAUACUCAAUGCACAGUGCCUCAGGAUGGGGAAUUAACGUUAAACAAUAAACAAUACAGUAAUAAUAAUCAUUCGAGGGUUCAAAUUCACAGCGUUCACAAGCACCAUUAUAUUUCGAGUAUAGAAACACGUAUCUGUGAACGAUUUAUCAUUCAUUAGUGUUAAUAUUACACAUUGUAAACUAUUUUUCAUAGCAUCAGGUUGAUCAAGGUCCAUUCGGCACUGUAUCUCUGUUGAAUGCGAGAAUUUCAAAUACAAUGUCUAACGUUUUUACACGAGACAGAUAUUUUGGAGAAACUUAAUCGGUAAUCAAUGCUCACGUGUCUUAUACGACGUUUAAGAUUCAAUCAAGUAUUCUUAGCAUUCUUCAUGGAGUUAUCGAAUUUAAUGCACGGGUUACUAACGUAUUUAUGCGGGGGUCAAGUAGUUUCAUCAGUCGAGGAUUAUAAAUAUAACAAUUCCAGUUUGUCUUCCGAGAUUAAUGAGCAGUGAAUUAGUGGAGAUGAAUGAGUAUUUGCAGAUUUAACAAGAAAUCAAUUCUGCGAGGAAAUUAUCUGCAUUGUUAUGUUAUAACAUGUGAGUGAGUUGGUCUGUGAGAAUUCAUCGAGACAAUUCCUUCAUGCAUUCCACUUUUGCAUUUUUUUAAAAGAGAAUUUUUGACAUUUGCAUGCAUUUUUUGUCGAUUAAAGUGUUCAACUUGGCCCUCGCAGUAGCUUGAAAUGACAAUUAAAUUUGCCUAAAGCGCUUGAAAAAUUGGCAAUCACAAGGUCAUGGUUAUUAAUGAUUGCACUUUAGAAUCAUCGCUCUGUUACCAUAUACACAAACGAUAUGGUGUGGAGAGGCGAUGGUUAUCGUCAAUUUCUCUGUAAACUCGAUCACUAUAAAAUCCUUUGCACUUAUCAGCACGCAAUUGAAGUUUAGUGAAGUUAAUCACACUAUUGCCUCAAACCACAAAACAAAUAUUGGCUCAGUAUUGUAAUACUUAAUGAUACUUUUUGUAUUUUUAUAUAAACUAUUAGAAUAGUGAAUUCUAAAAUUAUGGGAAUCAGGAGUUUGGAAAAUUUUUUGUAGAGAUAGUGGUAUAAUCAUUGAAUUUUUCAGAAAUGCAAGGGAACGUUUUGUAAGGGCAUACCAAAGCAAAGGAGUACGCGACGAGUUGUGUCAGCACGUUGAGGCUUAUUUACGA